AUGGAAUCAAACUUGACUCCAUCCUCUGGUCAAUAUUCAACUACCAAUUCUCAAUCAACUAGAAGUAAGACCGAUCCUGCAUGGGAGCAUGUUUCUGAAGAAAGAUAUGCAAAUGGAAGGAAAGCUCUUAUUUGUUUGUAUUGUAUAAAGAUUACAAAAGGUGGGGGUAUUCAUAGAAUGAAACAACAUCUUGCUAGAGUAAAAGGAGAUAUCGGUCCAUGUAAAUCGGUUCCUCUUGAUGUAAGAUUUCGAAUGGAAAAUUCUUUGCAAGAGUUUGUGAAUUCUAAGAAAGCAACCCAAGAAGCAUAUGAAUGUAGAAAUCCUCAUGGUCCUAAUGUGUCACAAUUUGAAAGGGAUAUGGCAGAAGGUGAAAAAGAGGUUCAAGAAAUGCAAAGUCCUAUGGCAGCUAAUAGUGGAAAAAGGAAAAAAUCAACAGUGGAUAAGUAUUUUGCACUAAGAAAUACUCAAGGAGCUCAACCUUCUAUGAGGAGUGUACUAGUUGGAAAAGAAGCUAUUUGGAGAGCGGAUAUGGCAGUUGGGAGAUUCUUUUAUGAUGCAUGCAUUCCUAUUAAUGCAGUGAAUUCCUUCUACUUCAAGCCAAUGUUGGAUGCUAUAUCUGCAAUUGGUCCCAGAUAUAAGGGUCCAAAUUACCAUCAACUACGGGUUAAUCUUUUAAAGGAUGCCAAGAAGGAAGUUCAGUUACUUGUGGACUCUUAUCGUGCAAUUUGGGCAAAAGUUUGGUGUACAAUAAUGGGUGAUGGUUGGACAGAUAAUAGACAAAGAACACUCAUCAACUUCCUUGUGUAUUGUCUUGAAGGAAUAUCGUUUGUGAAAUUCGUUGAUGCUUCGGACAUUGUCAAGGAUGCAACUAAUUUGUUUCAGUUAUUUGAUGAGGUGAUUGAAUGGGUUGGUCUACUCAAUCUAGUUCAUAUAGUCACUGAUAAUGCAGCAAAUUAUGUGGUCGCGGGGAGAUUGAUUUCUCAGAAACAUAAACACAUUAAUUGGUCACCUUGUGCAGCUUAUUGUCUUAAUUUGAUCUUUAAGGAUAUUGGUAAGAUGGACCAUGUUGCUGAACUUGUAAGACGUGCAUCAAAGGAAAACUUUUGUAAUAAGCCAAAUGUUAUUAAAGGUGUCAUGGAUGUUAUUGAUCAGAAAGUUCUGAAAGGCAAGCUUGAAACAAUGAAUGAAAUGAAGUUAUUUCGUGAUCGAUUGGGAAGUUUUGGAAAAGAACUUGCUUAUUCUUCACGUGAAGUACUUCAACCUGAUGAUGAGGAUGGUGGUGACGUGGCUAUAAAAGGGCUUGAUGUGGAGAACUUUGGUUUUCCAAAUGCUCAUGUUCAAUCUCCAUAUUCCAAUUUCCAAAAUGAAUGA